AUGACUUCCCCUAACGACAUCAUGAGAAAAAACCUGAAGAUGAUUCAUGGCUAUCCCAUGGUCUAUGCAUUUACAAACAACUGGGAAAAGAUUGAACAGUUCCACAGCAGACCCGAUGACAUCGUGAUAGCCACUUACCCCAAAUCAGGUACCACUUGGGUUAGUGAAAUUGUGGACAUGGUUGUAAAUAAUGGAGAUGUUGAAAAAUGUAAGCGGGAUUUUAUAACAGUUAAAGUUCCAAUGUUGGAAAUGGCCGUCCCUGGACUAAGAACUUCAGGAGUAGAACAAUUAGAGAAGAAUCCCUCACCCCGGAUUGUGAAGACACAUCUACCAAUUGAUCUCCUUCCUAAGUCUUUCUGGGAGAACAACUGCAAGAUGAUUUAUAUGGGUCGAAAUGCCAAGGACGUUGCAGUUUCGUAUUACCAUUUUGACUUAAUGAAUAAUUUGCAACCUGUUCCUGGCACCUGGCAAGAAUACCUGGAGAAGUUCAUGACUGGAAAUGUGGCCUAUGGUUCCUGGUUUAAUCAUGUUAAGAGCUGGUGGAAGAAAAAGGAAGAACACCCAAUACUUUUCUUGCACUAUGAAGAUAUGAAAGAGAAUCCAAAGCAGGAAGUCAAGAAGAUUAUGAGAUUUCUAGAGAAGAAUUUGAAUGAUGAGGUCUUGGAUAAGAUCAUCCAUCACACCUCAUUUGAAAUGAUGAAAGACAACCCUCUGGUGAAUUACACACAUAUACCAAGUACAGUGAUGGAUCACAGCAAAUCCUCUUUUAUGCGUAAAGGGACUACAGGUGACUGGAAGAAUUACUUCACAGUGGCCCAAAAUGAGAAAUUUGAUGCCAUUUACAAGAAGGAAAUGUCUGGAACUGCACUUCAGUUCCGCACAGAGAUUUAA